AGAAUCGACUGACCCGAUAUAAACAUGCACAAAAUUGCAAAUUCGGAUAAAAACGUUAAUCAUUAUCUCCCUUUGUGGAACUCUUCAUCAGAUGCCAACAUGGCUAAACACCAAGACACCCGGUCGGCAAAAUCUCUGCCAGUGCAUGAAAUGGACACAAAUAUCUUAUUUGAAAAAUUCACAGUAGAGGAGAUCAGAGAAAUUGAGAAGAAAACAAGAGCUGACAUUGAAAGAAAGAAAGAAGAUUUACGUAUCAUGGUGGGGGAAAGAUAUAGAGACCUGAUAGAGGCAGCUGAUACAAUCACAGAAAUGAAGAACAGUGCUCAAAAUGUGAUGUCAUCUAUAGCUAAGAUGGAGGACAUGUGCAGGCAGUUGAAGCAGAGACACAUGGUCAGAGGCACAUCUUUCCAGCAGAGGAUGAGCUCGGGGCACCAAGGAGGGAAGAAGCAAGAGGUUCAUUUCUAUGGUAUUGCUUCUCAGAUUAAGCUACUGCUGGACAUGCCUGAGAAAAUCUGGAGUGCCCUGGAUGAGGAGGAUUAUCUGACUGCGACUCAGCACUUCCUGCUGUCCAGGCACAUCCACACCAGUCUCCAGCUGGAGUCCCAGCAAUCCGGCAAUCUCCUCUCCAUGUUUCCCGUGCUCACCCGACAGUGGGCCGCGAUCAGUCAUUUCAGGACUACGAUUCUACAGGGUUGCAGAAAUGUUUUGAAACAACCAGCUGCUAAAGAUGAGCAAAUAGCCAGAGUGCUCUGUUCUAUCAUUGUGCUAGAGGACAGCACACCUAGACAAGUUUUCAAUGAGUUUCUACUGGCCAGAACUACGGCUGUCCAGCAUUUAUUUCAUCCCAGUCACCAGAACGCCAGCGUGAAGGAGCAGAUCUCUCUAGUAGUACAGCUGAUUACGACCACGGUCCACCAGAUACACACCGUCUUCUACAGCCCCGCCGAACCCUCAGACAUUCCCUGUAAUCUUCUUCUGACUAUUUUGACAGAAAUCACUUCAGAGAAACAAGGUGCUUGUUUGUUGGAAACACAUGGAUCCAUGUCUGCCAAAAGCCUGCCAAAGUCUGUAUUAGAGUUUGUUCCUACCCUGCGGUCUCACGCUGUCCCUGUGUCUGUACAGCAUCUCCAAGACAACUGUCAGCAGUGGAUUAACACAUGCAUGAACAAUGUGACCAGUGGAGUGGGGAAGCUUCUGAGUUUUGUAAACACUGUAAAGCGUUUAGCAGACAUCAGAGACCAAGUUUGGCUGUACCUCAAACAAGAUAGCUGUAUGCAAGGAUGGGAUGUGGUCUGUCAGAGAAUUCUAAACCAGCCGCUCUCUAUUUGGCACGGAUUUCUACAGCCCCUCUUCAUUAGCCGAGUCAAGGCAUUGAUAAAGUUCCAGUUGGAAUCUAGUACAGAAGUAACAAAGCGCCAAAUAAGCAAGGUUGUCAUGGCGAUUGGAUCUGGAGAAGAAGGAGGUAUAGCUGACACAGAUUUAGCUGGUUAUAUUUGGCAUGAAUCCCCUGGAGAUAUACCUGUUAACAUGGCCUGGACUACUGCCACUUCUAGAUCAAACUCCGAUAAUCCUGGAGGACUCAUCAUGAAAGCCAAAGCAUAUACCCCGGUCAUUCAGAGUCUAUGUAAAACCUAUGAAGAGAAACUACAAGGACUGCUACAGGAUGCCCUGAGUUAUCUUUCCUUGUCGACUCCUGUGGAAGAAUCCAAAUCCUCACAGCCGGAGGCUUUUGACCGCCUCUCAGAUUCAGAUGCACUGUAUGUCCACAUCCAGACUUCCUGUAAAGCAUGUUUAGAAGAACUUAUAAAGUACUUCAAAGAACAUUUGACUCUCUGGGAGAAAGCCUUGCAUGACAUCAAGGAUCCUGGCAUCAAUCAGAUCACACAGGACAAAGUUCUAUUGAUUGGAAGGCUAUGUUCUGCUAUUGGGGACAUGGUGCCAGCUCUACAGCAGUGCAUUAUGGGAAAAUCUGCCAUUCAUGGACCAGACAGUGCCAGCAGCAGGGUGCUGAAGAAACAGUCGUCCAGCGGUGGAGGCAAAGUUAGUGAGAAUUCAGAAUGGUCCAGCUCAAAGGAGAGACUGUGUAACUGUCAUAGAGAGGCCUACAGAAUAUGGGUGGAUCAUUUGACUUUAUCAGUGGUGACAAAGUUGAGGAAUGCUCUCAGCUCUAAGGAACACAAGAAUGCUCUCAUCUACUGCACAAGAUGGGACGAAGUCAGCAUAGAGGAAGAAACAGAAGACGGGAAAAAGAUCAGCUCCAAAAUCAGGGUGCCGAUGCAGGCUUCAUGGUAUGUUCAGAACCUGCUGUACAGUCUGUGUCGAGAAAUCAAUCGAGUGGGAGGUCAUGCAGUGCAGAGGGGAACAUUGCAUCAACUUGUAUCCAAGGUAACUGAUGAAGUAAUGAAAUCCUUUGAGGAGGUGGUAUCUAACAGCAGAAAGAAAGACAGCAAUUGCCUCCCCCUGACUCAGCAGAGGGCACUUCAGCUCAUAUUUGACGUUAAAUUCAUCCUUCAAAUCAUUCCUAGGAAAGAUGACACAGUGGAGGGUAAAUCCUACCAGAAGGCAGCAGCCAGGAUCAUUGAGAGUCUGGAGGAGAAGGUGGACCCGUUUGAUCUGGAUGUCUUCUCUCCCUACAUGCAGUCACACUUGAUGAAGCAGGGACAGAGAUCAGCAGUAUUGUAUGGUGCUCUGACAUCGUUGGAUCGCCUUGGACUGUUCAGUGCAGGGAGACCUCUACAAUCGGGUCAGAGUGAGCAGCACAACGUCCUUCCGCUGACUUCCUGUCCCAGUCGGUUCACUCUCCUCCCCAUCAGCACUCAGCCAAUCAGAUCAUCGAUACAGGCUCCAGCUCUACAGAAGUCACUGUAUAAAGCCAAGGCCUCUGAGGGAGGGUCCCACUCCCUGACAGAGACGGCGGCGGCAGUCCUACCCCAGACCAGCAGCAUGCAGAAAGAGAGCUCCUUCUACAACAAGCUAGGCAGCAUGUCCAGUAUGUCCGAACUGUCCAGCUGGUUCUCCAACAUCGGCUCAAAGUCCUAGGCUCCAUUCAAGUUCCAUGCAAGUUCAGCAGAGUGGGCAAUAGCAAGCAUUGACAAAUCACUGGCUCGACUCGAUACAUGCCGACCUUUAGAUAAGAAACUGACGGUAGACUCUAAUCAAAAUUUCAAAUAUGCAUGACUUUUGAAAUAAUUUUAAAAUUAAGUAAAUCUUGCAUUUGUGAAUCAUACAAAAUUGUGAUAUUUCAAGCAUUUUUGUAUAGAAUAAAUCAAGAUAUUCAGGAUUCAAAACAUAAAACUUGACACAAGUUUGUUCUCAGUUUAUGGUUCUGCAUUGAGCCGGGACAUGUACAUGGAGGAACACCCAUAUAUGUGUUCCCAAAACAGAAGUCAUAGGGAUCUACAUGUUUCAGUUCAGUUUGGAGUGUAUGAAACUUAUAAACCUUUUUCUGCAUAAUUAUAUAGCAGUGGUAUCCUAAAUAAUGACUGUGAUACUUUAUUAAUAUUUUGUUUAUUUAUUGUACUUGUGCCUAGAGGGAAAUAAAAAAGGAAUCGACAAAAUAUGAGUUUUUUGUUUUUAUUCAUUUUCAUCAAUGAGUAUAUAUAUUUCUUAUACAUGUAUAUGUAUAAUAUUGCAUAUAUUAGUGAUGAUGGCAAAUUAAUCAAAUAAAACAACUUCAUAAUAAUGACAACGGGUUAAAGAACAAGGCAAAUAAAGGAAACUUACAACCUUGAAAGCUGUCAGUUUGAAAAAUAAAUUACAUGUACAUGUAUUUAUUAACUUUUUAAAAUUAAUUUACCAAUAAGAAGUAAAUAACUAUUUCUUUGUUCAAGUUAUGUGGGCUUUAUCCUUCAAAAAUUUGUACAUUAGAACUGCACUGAGUCUCCCUGAGUUAUAAGACCACUCCCCUAAUUUCUCCCAACAUACUACACUAUUCAAGAAGUACCCACAUCUAAGCAUUGGUUUUGGUUAAUAUCAACUGGUACAGAUAAAAUUCUAAAAUAUAUUAUUCUUUGGUUUCACAAUUUUACCAAGAAGGUUUCACAACGAUGCAAAAACUGAUGUGUCUGUAUAUUAGAAGCACACAAUGUCAUAUAGAUACACUUUAAAUAUAGCUACAUGUAUAAACUGUGAAAAAAAGACCAUAUAGUGAUUAACAUUAAAUUACAUUGUACACAUAACAGUGAGACAACUUUUAAAACAGAAUAGAACAUUUCACUAGGAACCAAAUACAAAAAUCUUGUCGUUGUGUGUCUGCUUGGGGAAGGUAAAAUAAAUUCAAGAAGUUAGCAAGUUCACAGAAAGACUUUUACUUCUUAUGAUCAAAUUAUCCAAACUGAGGAACAUAUCAUUAUUAAGUCCCAAAGUGACAACUUUGAUCCUUAUUCUGCCAAAAAAUGUUUGGACCCCUUGACUUUUACUUUAACAUUAUUAAAAAGUACUAAAAAGCGAUAGGAAAUAAGAUUGUACAUACAAGAUGGACAGAAAAACCAGUGAUUGUCCUUUAAAGACAAAUAUUUCUUUUCAUUAUUUAAAAAAUGGAUAGUUUGGGUAUCUGGUUCCCAUAAAUGUGACCACUCUAACUAAUAAAUACAGAGAGCAAAGCUAACGACAUCAUUUAGCUGGACUAGAUAUAUGAAAAACAUUAGUAUUUUAAAUCCCUUCACCUUUAGGAAGCCAUGUUAGUUGUUUGGACGGAUAAGGCGUGUGUACAAGUUCUAUAUUAUAAUUGUUUAUAUAAGGUACUAUUUGUAUCCCAAAUCAAAGAAAAUGCUAGAUAUUCAAGGAAAGGCACAGAUAUAAUCAAGUAAACUAAUGGACUUGCAUAGUGGCUUUGAUAGAUAUAUAUAAUCUUUUGCAUAAGUACUUAUUGUUCUACAUAAAAACUUCUAUUAUUAAAUGAUAUGAUUUAAAAUUAAGUGUUUUAAAAUUCAAUAUAAGAUAAAAGUUGAUCAACAUUAAAAACAAA